CUGUAUAUUUUUUUUAUUGUCAAUAAAUUGCGAUGUUAAAAAAUCGGGGCAGUUCACAAGAUUGUGUCGUGUUUCUUUGCUUAUAAAAAAAUUGCGUUCAUUUAAAUUGCCAUUGAAACCUUUUCAAUCGUAGAAAAAUUGAUUCGUGAUAUUUCUCUCAGUGAAUUGACAUCACAUAUGGGUAAUAAACAAAGUCACGCUAGUGUUGACGGUCCAUUGGGUCAUGCAACUAUUGUCGCUCCAUUGGAUUCGGAGUCGUCAGAAAUAUUUAAAUUGAACAUCGAUUGUUUGGACGAAAUAUUUGAAUAUUUGAACGUGAAAGACUUGCAUUCAUUCGGUCAAACUUGCAAGCGAAUGAACAAAGUGGCCGGCGAAUAUUUCAAACAAAAUUAUUCAUCGGCUGAGAAAUUCUGCGAAAAAGAUGGAAUUUACAUGAGAUAUUUUGACAAAGAUGGUGUUUUUAAUAAACUCACUCAAUCAUCUGGUUUCAUUAAGUUCAUGCCAUACAUUUCACAUUGUUAUUGUGACCUUGGUCCACUCAAAUAUAUUAAAUCGCACAUCAGUGAAUUUGAGUCAACUAACCACAUUUAUCUUAGGUGGCAACGUAUUAAUAGCAAACGAGUUAAGCAUUUUAAACAAUUGUUGCCCCAACUGGAAAUUGUACAGCAUCGAGAAUGUUCGAUGAAUGGUGACUUUUAUGAUUUGAUAUUGAAACAUUGUAAGAAUUUGAGAGAAAUUCGUGUUGUCGAUUGGGAUACCGGUAACCGAAGAAAUGGUAAAUUCAACUGGUUAUUACAAGAAUAUCCCAAGCUUGAACUUCUAGAAUUGAGUACCAGUGAUUCCUAUCAAUUUAAAGAGCUACGUAAAUUUUUCGUACGCAAUCAAAAUGUACAGAUAUUUUCAACUACCUCAAUAAUGUUGUGGCAGAAUGGUGACGUAUUAUUAGAUUCCAAUGCAAAAUUGGAUAUUUUGCAAGUCACAAAAUUUGACAAUUAUAAGUGGACAUCCUCAUAUAGGAAGCACACGUUUGAAACUUCUUUGGAACUAUUAAUUCGACUCCAUGAACGAGGCUUCUAUAAGCGACUUUACAUUUACAUCAGUAUCGCUCAUGAAGAGGAAAUCACUUCAUUUAUCUCACUUAAAGGUCUCGAGUUCUUGUGCGUUGUUUAUUUUGACAAGAGUUUAGCUCAAUUGACCAAUCUGAGAAUAUUAAUUAUGUGUGGGUGUGGGAGUGCUGAGGAUAUGGAGAUUUUGGCAAAUGGCCUGACAAAACUCGAACGCCUUUACAUUCGUCGUGGUGGAAUUGAUGACAUUAUGCCAUUCAUUCGUCGAUCACUGAAAUUGAACAAAAUCAAAUUCAUACCACGGUACGAUGGUGUAGUUUUGAAUUUGGCAAUGAUGAAUGAAGAACGUGCUAAGUUGUCCGGAGCACGAAAAAUAAUAAUUUAUACGCGUGACGAUGUCUUCUUGGCUACUAAAUGGACGACCACAAACGGUGACACCAAUUUGAACUUCAUCGAAAUGAGACGAUGGAAUUCGAUAAAAUGGGAAAAUUGGAAUUAAAUACAAAUUUUAAGAAUAGUUUAGAUCAAUAUUCAACUUGAAUUUAAAAUAUUUUCACAAACAUAUGCCCACCUCAAUCGAUGACUCAUCGACGAUGAGUCACACCAUGGUACUAUUAUUGGUAAAAGCGAAUUCAUGAGUACAAAUAGCGAUUUAUGUCCGAUUUCAUAUAAUUGCACAUAAUAACACAUGUUAAAAAAUAAACGCAUUCCAUUGUAUAUUAGAAAUAAAGAAUACAUGAAUUUAUUUAUUAUUACUUACCGACAAUUAUUCACACAGAAUGUGCCAUUAGUUUCAUCAUAGUUUCAACGGAACAUUUUUGAAACGAGUGCAUAUGUUGAACGUGGGGAAAACAUGAGAAAAAGUCAGAUUGAAGUGAAACAAGUGUC